CCCCAUCGCUACUUCCACACACGUUGAUGGAACUCUUACGGAUGUGAAUCGAUUUUCAGCGAAUAAAUUGGGGAUUACUUUCAGUGAUCCGGGAUAUAAACUACACCACAGCCGCUCACUGGCUCCUACAGAGAUGAAUCUGUGAAUUGGUUUGUGUGCCUUUGAAUUUGAGCCCCUUCAUUUGCGUAGCUUUUUAAAAAAAAAAUUUCGCAUCAACAACGGGUACAAUGAGAACGGCAGAGGAGUCAUACGGCACGGUCCUGCACCGACUCAUUCAAGAGCAGCUCCGCUACGGGAACCCCACGGACACUCGCACCCUGCUCGCCAUCCAACAGCAGGCCCUGCGGGGAGGGGGCAGCGGCGGGGGCGCAGGCAGCCCCCGCUCCUCCUUGGAGAGCCUGACCCAGGACGAGACCACGUUCCUCCAGAUAUCCGCACGGCAGGAGCCCCAGGGCCAGGAGCACCAGGGAGACUACCAGCAUUCUGAGAGCUCCAUGCGCCAGCUCUACCAGCUCCAUGGGGAGGAGCUGCCCACCUACGAGGAGGCCAAGGCGCACUCUCAGUUCCUGGCUUCUCAGAGGGGCCGGGCUGCGUACGAGACCCCUGCUCAGGGGAGCGCAGACGACCUGGACGAGGGCUUGUUCGAUCUGAAACAUGAACACGUGCGCUCCCUGAGCGAGCGCCUCAUGCAGCUCUCCCUGGAGAGGAGCGGAGGCAAGACCAAUAUGGUGUUGAGCUCUUCCCACAGCUACCCCCAGCUGUCCAACCACCACGUCUACCACAGUGCGCACGACAGCCACGGCAGCCUCUACAUGCCAGAAAGCAAGGGCCCCCCGCCGGAGUACCCUUUCUCGGUCCAGCCUCCGGGAUACAUGCUCAGCCAGUCACAGUCACAGUCACACUACUACAAAGAGCCGCCUCCGUCCUUCCACUCUCCGCAUCACAGGUACGUGCAGGCGCAACCACAGGUGGCCCGUCCCUGCGUCCGAACCACACUGACCCCUGCUGGCCUGAAUGACCUCAUGACGGCUCAUAAUGGAUCCGGCAGUAACCAGAUGGAAGCGCUGAUAAGGGAGAAUGAGCGACUCAGGAAGGAGCUGGAGGGAUUUAGUGAGAAAGCAGCCAGGCUACAGAAGCUGGAGCAGGAAAUUCAGAGGAUAUCUGAGGCCUAUGAGGUGUUAAUGAAGGGAUCGGCAAAGCGGGAGGCUCUUGAGAAAACAAUGAGGAACAAGCUAGAGGCAGAGAUUAAGAGGCUGCAUGACUUCAACAGAGACCUGCGAGACCGCCUGGAAACAGCUAGCAAACAACUAGCUGCUAAGGAAGUUGAGGCUGCUGACCAAAACCAACAUGUCUUUGCCACACUCCUCGAGCAAAACGAGGAGCAGCAGCGGGUUCGCGAGCGUCUGGAGGGCGAGGCUCUCCGGCUGAGGGCCUCCGGGGAGGAGCAGCGGCGGAGGCUGGAGACGCUGGAGCGGGCGCUGAGCUCGGAGCGGGCGCGCGGCAGCCAGCUGGAGGAGGAGCUGCGGAGAAAGCGGGCGUACGUGGAGAAGGUGGAGCGGCUGCAGCGGGCCCUGGCUCAGCUGCAGGCCGCCUGCGAGAAGCGUGAGCAGCUGGAGCAGAAGCUCCGCACGCGGCUGGAGCAGGAGCUGAAGACCCUGCGCGCUCAGCAGAGACAGAAUCUUAGCCAGGGGUCCCUCCCUUCCUCGGGGCCGAGCCCCUUGCCUGUGCACCUUCAGCUGCGCGAGAAGGAGGAGCGCAUCUUGGCCCUGGAGGCCGACAUCACCAAGUGGGAGCAGAAGUACCUGGAGGAGAGCACCAUGCGGCAGUUCGCCAUGGACGCGGCCGCCACCGCUGCGGCUCAGAGGGAUACGACCAUCAUCAAGCACUCCCCACGCCACUCCCCCAACAACAGCUUCAACGAGGACUUGCCAACAGCCAACCACAGGCACCAGGAGAUGGAGAAUAGGAUGCGGGCUCUCCAUGCACAGCUCCUGGAGAAGGACGCGGUGAUCAAGGUCCUGCAGCAGCGCUCGCGGCGGGACCAGGGCAAGGCCGACCCGCAGGGCCUCCGCCCCGCCAGGUCCGUGCCCUCCAUCAGCACCAGCGCCCCCGCCUGGCAGAGCUGCGUGUUCCCAGCGCUCCAGCGAGGGAAAGGGAAGAGCCUCUCGGAUGACCUGACAGCUGCCGUGUCGUCCCCGUCCUGUGGUCUCCGCCAACCCCCCAGCCAGGACUGCAGCACCCAGUGCGACGCCCCCCCCCCGGAGGAUCGCUUUACGGAGGAGCCUGGCGCUGUCCCCCCACCUGCCCAUGAUUAUUUGGAACAAACUCCUGUGCCUGUUAACAGUGCAGAAAUCCCGGAGGCAGAAGUGGUUGAAAUCCUUAUUUAGAGCAUUCAUUGGGAUUCCUCAUUCAGAAUGCCGGCCCUCCUGAAAAGAGACACCUCAUGACAGAGCUAGCGCUUUUAUGGGAAGGAAGGUUCUGAUGAUCACAUUCAUGGUGCUUGAAAGUUUUGAACGAAAGAUGGACUCUCAAAGGAAAGAUCUUCAGUUUCACAAAAGUGGAAAAGGACACACUGCUUAAAAACAAGACAGUAGUCUAGGCUGUAGAGGAGAGCUGAGCUCUCUUUGAAUGCUUCGCUACAUUAAAAUGGACCUUUGCUGAUGUCAUUAUUUUACAAACCUGCCUGGUGCAAGCUAGGCUUUGAAUAUUGAGGUACUUCGACAGUAUUUCGCAAGGUUGCACAGGGCAAGUGACUGUAUAACUGUAGAUACAGUGUAUUCCUUUUCUUAAUGACAUAUAUUAUUUAUAAUUGCUUGUGUGAGUGUGCAUGUGAUGAGUGUUGCCUUUCCAGCGCAUGGUUGUUGCCUUUGAGAUGAAUAGAAGAUUUUCAUGUGUCUCAUGUCAGCAUCUGUAGUUGCCCAAAUGUCUGAUGUCCUCAUUUUCCCCUUGUAUGCCAAAUCAAACAAGCUACUGCUGCAUGUUCAGGAAUACCACGUUUAUAUACACAAUAAGCUGGUUGUACAUUCUCACAUGGCACUAGAACCAGGGUCUGUGACCCUUGUCCUGAACAGUCUUCUGGUUUUUGCUGUUGCUCUCCAUAAAUUCAUCAGUUAAAGUAAUUUCUUCACAAUUAGUUCACCACACCUGUUUUUUUUUGUUAUCAAUUUGUUGCUAUUUCUUAAGCGCAGAACAAAAACCGGUAGACCCUGUGCCUUUUUACCAGUUUGGUUAUUCCUUGAAUUUAAGGGUUCUGUCAGAAUCAUCAUUGUAUUUUUCCAUUCUUGGUUCAAAGGAAGCCUUUUUCCUGUGGGGGUCCCCAAAGGGUUUCUGUACCAUGGCUCAUAGCCUAGGGCCAGAAAUGUUCCCCUCAGCAAUGCCCGCUUCGCACAGUACUGUGUGAACAUGCACUCUUGUGUCGGCCAACCUAAAUUUACACAGCAGAUGGUGGUCCAGUAUUAGUGCAAGUGCGGGCCCGCCCGGAAGCUAUACGUGGGAACGGGAAGCCUGCUUGUUAGGGUUAAGCUAAGACUGCUGCCUCCUAUGUUUGUUUUGAGACACUUAAGAAUUUGCUCUCAGAAGACUGCUUGGUCUUCACGGGAUGUGAUUUUUGAAAUGCCUUGGGAGGAGCAGGCUAUCAGGGCCUCAGGAGGCAACCACCCGGGGUGUCCUCUCUUCCCUCACAAGCUGGAGCUAAUCUUCCCACAUUCCUCCUCCCGUGGAAUGUCUCUGGAUGUUGAAAACAGCUAUCAGUAGUAUGACCCUCCCCGUUAAAAUGGCAAGCAUUUAGAGUACUGUUCAAUUUGUGUCUAUUUAUUUCCUUUAAGCCCUGGUAGCAGGUUCUGACCAUGGGCUUCUAAAUUAAAGAGGAGUUAUAUACAGUAACAUGGAAACCAUUCCUUAUUUGGAUUCAGAACAACAUUCUGUUUGCGGAUCAUAACCCAUUUUUAUUCAAAUUCUCCUAUUUUUACACAUGGAACAACCUCAGUUUUGUGUGGUCAGAAAUUCAGUGCAAUGUUUCUUUUGCCCCAGAAAGUUAUUGGAAACCUUUUUAAUGAAUGACUAUGGUCUCUGACUUUGAGGAUCCAUAAUUGGUGCAGUCUUUGUGAGGGAAUUUGGUGUAUAUCGAGUGUCUGCUCUGAACUGGAAGUGAGGGAAGAUUGUACCAUUUUAUCAAUCCCUCACUUUUCAAAUGCUACUUAUUUUUCUAUGUUCUCAUACUGUGCACUUGCUGGUCGAUGCAUUGUGAUGAAAAUCCAUGUACUUUUGCAUAAUUAGGACCUUGUUUACAGGAAGGGUUGUUUUGAUCUGAGAUGACUUAAUAUAUUUUGAAUGUUUCUUUUUUUUAGUAUAUAUAGUGUCAUGAACAUAAUGCCAAAGAUUUGCAUUACAAUUAAGUUAUAACGGAGUGUAAAAAAAAAACCAGCCAGGCGAUGUGUAAAUGCCCUGUUCAAGCUGGUUGACCCAUACUUGGACGUUUGCUGUGAACUUCUGAAUUGGGGGAAUUCUUGUAUUGAAAUGCCAGUUACAUUUCAUUAAUAGAAUAAAAAACAUAAUAUAUCU